AUGAAAUUUGAAAGAGAAGACGAGCUUAACAAAGUUUUACUUUCACAGGAUGUGAUAGAAUCUUUGACAACUGUAAAGUAUGUGGCUCUUAUAGCGCUCGAUAGUUUACUUCGUCAAAUCGUAUCUGAGAAUACAUUACAUAUUUUGCCUCCGCCUGUAUUCAAAUUAAAUACGACUUUUUCAAAAGUUGAUACUCGAAAAAGAUCAGCUUCUGAAAGUCAUAGGUCAUGUAUUAAUAUGAAUCCUGUAUUUGAAAGUUUGCCCAGGGAGGAAAGGGAUGCUUGGUUGCGUUCACAAUUGUUGGCAGGUAUUGCUGAUAAUGCAACUAAAUUAGGUGUUAAGAAUGAAAUAAAACAAAUUGAUUCAGGACCUAUUUCGUCUGAUGUUGCUACCCUUGAUAGGAUUCAACAUCAUUUAGAUGCCAACGUUCCAUACGUUCCUAAUGAUGAUUAUAAUUUAGCAUGUACAUUAGCCGCACUUUUAGGGUAUCUUUAUCAAAUUUUAGAGUUAAGUGAAUCACAAGGGUAUGUUACCAACUCUCAUUCUGCCGAGGAACUUUUACAUAAUAUAAAUGGGGAUAAUAUUUAUAGCACGUUACAUAAAGAGGUUACCACUUUACAAAAUCGUCGUGUAAGUUUGUCUCAACAUUCCAAUGUUGCAGAUGAACGACUUGCUACUUGGAAUGAAAUCGAUAGGUUAAUGGAAAUUGUUGCAAGUUUGUGUCGAGAUCGAUUACAUAUUGAUCCACCUCCAAGAUAUUCUUAUGAUAUUGAUGAUAAAGGUGGUUCAACAAUAAUCGACCCUCCAAAGUAUUCUUUUUUGGGUACAGGUAUAAUGAACAAUGAAAAAACCAAAGUUGAUUUAGAUAAUGUCAUUUCCGCGAUAGAACGAGUUUAUUACGUAGCUCCACAACUUAAUAAUCAACGUGUGGAGUUAAAUGCACGUCAAAAGAAAGAAUUAACGGCUGCCACAUUAUCAUCUGCUAUACAAAAGUUAUCCCGGGGUCGUUUUGAAGAGCAACGCGCGGAAUCAACAUCAGUAUUAAAAUAUCAAACUUUAAAUUGUUUGGUGGAUCAAAUACAAAAAUCUGCCGCAAAAAGUUUAGUAAAUCAACGUGUAGAACUUAGCCCUCGACAAGUGCGAGAUUUUGAAGUAGCAAAAUUGAGUGGCGUUAUUGAUCGCUUGGACAAAAAUCGAAUGACAGAUCAGGAUUGGCAUCCUCCUGAACAACUUCUCAUUCAAGAUUUGACCAGAUUGACAUGUGAAUUAAGUUCCCCAUAUGCUUCACAACGUUUUCAUCUUUCAUCUGCAAAAGAAAAAGAUAUGUAUAUGAAUAAUGUAAUGAAAAAAGUUGGAAAAUUGCGAUCUUAUCGUUUCGAGAAUCAAGAUGCUCAUUCGUCUACUAAACCUGAUGAAUGCUCAUACAAUGAAAUCGAAAAUAUAAUUGCUAAAAUGCAAUAUAGCCCGUCUAUGGAAAACCAACGUGCGACUUGGAGUCCAAAAAAAUCGAAAUUCCCAUUUUAUUUAACUGAAUAA